UCUCUCUCUCUCUCUCUCUCUAUAGCUCAUCUCAAACCAAGCCUCUCUCUUUCUCUCUCUCUCUGUUUCUCAUUCAGUCCUCACUCUCUAUCUGACAGUGGUAGUGGUGUUUUUUUGGGUGAUUUUUUAUGGUGAUAUUGGUGUGGGUCUAGUGUUUUGCUUACAAAAUCGGUGAGGAUUUGAUGGUCUGGUAGUUUUGGUGAUGGGUUUUGGUUGUGGGUAUGUGUCAUUUUGGCUGUGGGUCUGGUGACUUGCUUGCAAGGUCUAACGGGUUACUGGAAAGAUUGGCGUGGGGCUGAUGGUCUAGUAAUUUUGGUGAUGGGCUUUGGCCAUGGGUAUGGGUUGUUUUGGCUGUGUAUCUAUUGGUUUGCUUAUGAGAUUGGUGUGGAGUAGGGGUGUCCAGUGACCUAGACCAACUGACCUGCCCGCCCGAACUAAAGGCUCAGACCUCAAAAGCUCCCAACUCUCCCGGAAUGGCUUCGAUCAAACUCUACCAUUUCACUCUGUUGCUUCUGUCUUGUUUACAGUGAGCUUUCUUUUACAAUUCCCACAUCAUAAUACGAAAGGUACUAAUGCUGGAAAAUAGAGGGGUCGAGGAAAGGCUAAAGGGAUCAAUGCCAGAGAUGGUGAAAUAGAGGUUGAGAUUUAUGAUGGCAAAAUUAUUACAACAAAAGCCACUCGAGAGAUUACCAUUUUUUUUCACCAGAAACUUAAUGGAGCUUGGACAACUUUGACAGAAUACCCAAAUUCUGAGCUAGAGACUUUAUAUGCUCGAUACCGAGCUUAACGCUUUAAGCACAAGCAACCUGAUGAGGAAGUCAAGAAGGCAUUUAUAGAAUCAGUGAAACAUCGCUAUUAUGAUUGGAUGUUUCGCAUUAGAAGUCCUAUUUUUCAGAAGUACAAAGCGAAAGAAGAUCGUUACAAGAAUGGUCCUUCCUUCAUUCCUACACUUUUUUGGAAAGAGAUGGUGGAUAAAUGGAUGGAGGGAGAUUGAGGGGAGAUAAGUUCGACAAAUAAGGAAAACUGAAAUAAGUCUAAAAUUUCUCCACUACAAGUUCUAUACCAAUAGCCAAGUACAAAUAUGAAAUGUAUCUUGAGAUGGGCUCUGAGCUUGGCCCCAUUGAUUGCUUUAAGAAAUUUCACACAAAGAAGGAUGGCGAAGAAUGGACAACUGAUCAUGUUAAGACAUUAUACGAAAACAUGGAUGCCAUAAAGGCCAAAGUUGUUUUUGAAGGUAUUGAGACAAAUGAUUAUCAAAUCUUUUGUGAAGUGGUUGGUGAACCAAAUCAUGGUCGUAUUCUUGGCAUGGGAAUAGGUAUUAAGGCUAAGGAUGUGUACGGCUUAACUUCAUCUGGUAAAGGUUGUAGCAAACAUUGUAGAGAAGAUUUUACAAAAGAAAAAGAAGAUUUGGAGGCACAUCUUAGAGAGGAAAUGGAUUCCAAACUUGCAAAAGUUGUGGAGAAGCUUGAGGAGAAGUUUGCACAAAAGUUGCAGUCGAUGGGCAUACCACAACAAUCUAACAUAGAUCCAGCUACCACGGAUGGUACCAGCAGAGAUGAAGAGGACAACUCAAACAAUAACAUAGAGGUUGUAAACAACUUGAAGGGUGACUUGGAGGAAGACUAAUAUAGAUCUUGUCUUAAUUCUAGUUGUUUAAUUUUAAAGCAAGGUUUAAUUUCAGGAUUUCUUUGUAUAUUUUAUAUUUUAA